UUCAAGGGUUUGUGACUUUCUUUCUAUCUACAACUCAAAACUAGAGCUUUUCUUUUACAUCUAGAAUUGGCUUAGAAUGUCCUCCUCUUCUUCUUCCUCUUCUUCCCAAAACAGGCUGUUCCUGCACCCUUCUUCCAUUUCCCAUCUAAGGCAAGCAUUCACCAUAUUAGACAGAGAUAAAGAUGGAAAGAUUGCUUCUUCUGAUCUCCAUGAAUUUUUCAACAACUUACCCAUAAAUCAUGUGAGUGAGGAGGACGUAGAAUCAAUGAUGAGAGCUGCAGAUCUUGAUCACAAGGGUUAUGUUCAGUUUCAAGAGUUUGAAAGGAUCAUUACGUCUUUCAUGGAGGAGGAGGCAAAAAAUAGUAGAAAAGGUGAUAGAGGUGGGUUUGUUAAAUUCCCAGAGAAGUCGCCAUUGGAGGAGAUCUUUGAAGUAAUAGACAGAGAUGGAGAUGGGAUUAUAAGCUUGGGAGAUCUGAGAGAAUUUAUGGGUGUUGUAAUGCAGGAGGCUGAUCUGAACCCGACGCAACUCAUAGAAAUGAUGAAAGCAGCUGGUGGAUCUCAUAAUUCAGGUAUUACCAAGCAGGAUUUUGUGGCCAUGAUGACUGCUAAAGUUCUUAAGGUGUAAAAUCUGUGGUUAAUUAUAAUUGUAGAAUACAUUUUUAUAAACAGUAAUUUAUUCAACAAGGUAGUUCUACUCUUUCUCUCUGUCUAUAAGAGAAAAGUUUUGAGAUAUAAUUUUAUAAAAUUGAAUAAUAUUGACUGAA